AUGAAGCGUAAAGCGAAAUGGCAUAAAACGUGUAGAAACAAAUUUAGUGACAUGAAGCUGAAAAGAGCACAAAAAAGGAAAAUUCAAGAUGAUUUGCCAAGUUCUACUAGACAAAGCUCUGGUGCAGCAUCUUCGAUGACUAAAGAAGUAAGCUGUUUUUUCUGCUCCGGUGCCACAGGUACACUUCAUCAAGCGUCCACUUUUAAUGUAGAUGCAAGGGUGCGAGAGUGUGCACAUCAGUUGCAAGAUGAGGUCCUAAUCGCAAAACUAAGUGCCGGCGAUUUGAUCUGUCAGGAAGCCGUGUAUAAUGCAAAGUGCUUGGUGUUGCUCUAUAACAAGGCAGAGAGAUUAAAUCAGAAUCCUGCAAGCAGUGAUGAGAAGGUAAUCCAGGGUAUGGCUCUAGCACAGCUCGUCGCUUAUCUUGAAGAAACUCGUGCAGAGUCCGCGGAUAGCAUUCCCGUGUUUACGCUGGCAAAGCUUACAGCCAUGUACACCCGUUUCCUGAAACACUAUGGUAGCGAUUUGUCGGGUCGAGUACACUCCACUGACCUAAAGGAGAGAAUUUUAGCAAAAGUUCCAGGCUUGCAGGCGCACAAGAAAGGCCGAGACAUAGUGAUGGCAUUCAGUGAAGAUGUUGGCAAAGCGCUCGAACUGACUCGCUUUAGGGAUUUUGAUGAUGAAGCAAUAAUCCUACUUAAAGCAAGCAAGAUCAUUCGUCGAGAUAUAAUAGCCACGAAAACGCAGUUCAGUGGAACAUUUGAUGAAGAUUCUCAACAAGAAUCAAUUCCACAGUCCCUUAAAACGUUAAUAGGAUUGAUCUUAGAGGCAACAGAUAUCAAAACUCUGUCUAGUCGUGUGAGUGAUGCGCAGCCUACACUAAGUAUAUCACAACUCAUGCUUUUUAAUACCAGCAUACGGUGUCGUUGUAGUGAAGCAACUGGUUCAGCUUAUUAUCACUCUCGAGAUCGCGAACCACCACUGCCAAUAUAUCUUGGCCUCAUGACUCACGCAGAAACAAGAAAGAGAACACUGGUCGAUAAACUCUAUAGUCUUGGACUGUCAAUUUCGUAUGACAGGGUGCUAGAAUUAUCUACUGACUUGGGCAAUAGUGUUUGUUCGCGGUUUGAGUCUGAAGGGGUUGUUUGCCCGCCCAAGCUUAAUAAAGGAGAAUUUACAACAGCUGCCAUGGAUAACAUUGACCAUAACCCGUCAUCUACAACCGCCCAAGGUGCUUUCCAUGGAACAGGUAUAUCUUUAUUCCAACAUCCAUCUGACGAUGCACCAGGUGAAGCGCGGGAUGUAGUUAGCAUAGACAAUCAGCCCUCCAAGAGAAAGCGUCUUUCUCAACUUCCGGAUUCUUACACACUUGUUAAGCCCGUCAUUCUCUCCAAGAAUGAUGUUUGGAGGGCUGCAUACUGAGCUUGCCUCUCUUAAGGCAUUGGAGACCUGGAUUGAGGGUAGUGGUUGGACAAGCGCCCUAGUGCAAGCGGGCAUAACAACUCCUGGAUCCCCGACUCCUUCUCAAGGCGUCACACGUUUCACGCACCCGACACGCCCACCAGAUUACUGCUUGUGCUUUGUACAUACUGAUGGACAAGGCAUACAAGCACUACUGCAAUUGCAUCUCGGAAGAAGAAGAACCCAAACCGUUUAUGGAGUGGCGCAAGCAAGCAGAGCUGGCUAGUCCUCAGUUCCACUACUGGUCUCUCACCCUUCACUUUGAGCUCACCAUAUUAAUAUUUGUAAGGUCUCUUCGAGAGGGAAACUUCGAACUAUACAAAGAGUCAUGUAAAAGACUUGCACCCUGGUUUUUUGCAUUAGACCGCACAAACUAUGCUAGGUGGCUGCCCGUCCACAUUCGCGACAUGGAGUCCCUGGACACGAAACUACCCAAUUUGGCUGCACAAUUCAGGAAAGGCCAUUUCGUGGUGAACAAGACAAACCGGUCAUUUUCUGCACUACCCAUUGACCACGCCCAUGAACAGAAUAAUAAGAUUGUGAAAGCGGGUGGUGGUGCCAUUGGCCUUACAGAGAGCCCAACUCAAUUAAUGCGUUGGAUGGUGUCAGGGCCAGAAAUGUCUAGAAUCAUUAACGAAUUGGAGGUUUCCCAGGAACUACUAAAAUCAACAUCCGAUGAUAGAAAGCAUCGACACCACGAAGAAACAAGAGGAGUUCAAAGUACUUUCCAAAGUGAGGUCCAAUCACUUUCCAAUGUAAUUAGUGAGAUGGGUAACCCUUUCUUAGACCAGAGUGGGGACUUGCUUAUCUUAGAUACGCGAGACAUUAUGGAUGCCACAUGGUGAAAUCAGUUAGAACUGUAGAGGAACUAGGCCAGAAGCAAUUUCAGGAGUUUUGCACAACCAGGCUUGAUGAGCGAAAAAUCUCGCUUUUUGAUGUUAUCAAGAGAAACAAGAUACAGCUAUUUAGUAGUCCUCCGGCUCCUAAAGAGACAACCAAGGAUAAGAUGAAAAUAGCUUUACUAAAGAGCAACUGCUCCCUGUUUUCACGCCUGUACAUCUCAUGUCAGGUUAGAAAAGGUGACUUAGACAGCUUCUUUACACACGAGAACCUGAGCUACCCGCCUUCCUUGUCUCAUUAUGGAACUCUAAGCUCAGGAAACAAGUCAGAUUUGCUAUUCUGUCUAGAAAGGUUGUGUUCCCGCUAAAGAGGAAAAGCCUUCCGUUGACGUUCUAUUAUUAGAUGGGGCAGCCAUUGUGAACAUGCUUAAGCCCACCGGAGCUUGCAAGACGUUUGCAGAAUACAGUCAGUUUGUUUUUAUACCAUAGGUAACUAGGGAGCUUGAAAGUGUUAAGAGGGUAGAUGUGGUGUGGGACAGAUACCUCUCAAACAGUCUGAAGGAUUGCACAACAAGAAAAAGAGGAAAUGGCUCACGACGACGAGUCCAGCCAGACACAAAGAUUCCUGGAAACUGGGCUGCUUUUCUGAGAGUGGAUGAGAACAAGGUGGAGCUUUUCCAUUUCCUGGCCGAGCAGCUAAUCACAAUCUCAAAUGUCCAUGGAUAGGUAGUAACUACCAAACACGAAUCAAUGCUCUUUAACGAUGAAAGAAAUGACAUCGCUAACCUGGCGCCAUGUGGACAUGAAGAGGCCGACACAAGGCUCUUGCUGCAUGUGGCUGACGUUGCAAACCAAGGAUUCACUAAGGUAAUGGUACGCACAGUUGACACCGAUGUUGUAGUGAUCUCAGUGGCAGCAUUUCACCAGAUUCAACUUUCUGAACUUUGGGUUGCCUUUGGUACUGGAAAACACUUUAGGUACCUGCCUGUUCACGAUAUUUGCCAGUGUAUCGGUCCAAUUAAGUCUCAAGCACUUCUCGCCUUUCACGCUUUCACUGACCAAACAUCCUUCUUCGCACACUGCGGAAAGAAGACAGCCUGGGAGGCUUGGGAUGCUUUCAGUGAAGUGACAACAUCUUUUCAAGUCCUGAGCGAUGCACCAACGCUGGAAGACGUCUGUGAACAGUUGCCUACUCUGGAGCGCUACGUUAUCAUCAUGUACGAUCGUUCUAACACUUGCAAGGAAGUAAAUGAAGCUCGUAGAGAUCUCUUUACACGAAAGGAGAGAGACAUUGAAGGUAUUCCCCCUACGGCUGACGCCUUGCGUCUGCACACAAAGCGAUGUGCAUACCAAGCUGGGCACUGCUGGGGCAAGGCAUUGGUGCCAUCCUAUCCCCUCCCAUGUCUAAGUGAAUGGGGCUGGGUGCGGAGUGCCAGUCUAGUUUGGGAACCACUAUUUAUGACCCUUCCAGAAGCAUCGCAGAGCUGCCUGGAGCUGUUAAAGUGUGGAUGCAAAAGUUACAAGGGCUGCACCAGAAGAUGUAAAUGUGUUAGAGCCGAGGUGUACAGCCUUGUGUAA